AUGGCAAGCAAAACCACUCGCAAAUCUAAGAGCAAAACACCCUCGAUGCAGAUCACGGCCUUCUCCUCGCCAGGCAAGCGCAUCCAAGAUGGCGCUGGAGAGAUACGCUCCCCUACCUCAGAAUCAGAACACAGUGAGUCAGGACGGAGUGACAUAACCUCAGUCUCACGGGCCACUGCUCUGCAGGCUGGGGGAAACAAUAUUCCUAAGCUGCUGGAAGAUCUGAAGACUACUAUCAGGUCAGAUUUUCAAAAACUGGCAGCAGACAUUAGGAAAGAAGUUCAAGCAAUUGGGGAGCACACAGCUCAUCUAGAAGACAAGACAUAG